UUAGAGGAAAUGAACUGGCAAAAUCGUGAACGAGUCAUCCACGAGAAAGUGUUCGACACAUUGUCAAGACCGUUGUCGAGAGCAGCUACGACGACGACUACAGACGAAGAGUGA